AUGGAAAAGAAGAAUAUUGAUUCAAGAAUAGUUAAAGAAAUUAAUAAGAAAAUAGUAGCAUUUUUGGCAAGAGAAGCAGGGUUUACUAGUAUAACUUCUUCCGCAAAUGAAGUAUUGGCUAAUGUAUUAGAGACGUAUUUCGAAAAUAUUAUUAAAACAUCACAAGAGUAUACGGAAUUAGCGCGUCGGUCACAAAUUAAUAUUAAUGAUGUUGAGAAAAGUUUUAAAGAAUGGAAUAUCAGAACUGGAGCCCUUGAUGGACACAGAAAUAAAUGUCUUAAAGCAAAAGAAAAUUACGACAAUUUCGUGACGAAUUUAAAAAGCUCAUUAUUAGAAGCGGAAACAAUACCAUCAGAGUCAUCUUCAAUGUCAUUAUUUGUUCCAGAGGACAUAAAUGAGAAUGACGAGUAUCGACCAAAAUAUGUUCCUUCACAUAUGCCACCAUUUCCUGCUAAACAUUCUUACAAGAAAACGCCCAUAUAUCCUAAAUUAAUUAUUCGCAAUCCUAUUAAACUUCGAGAAAUGAAAUUGAAAGAAGUUAGAUUGGUAGAAAAAAGCUUAUAUAAAUUAGUUCAACAUCAAGAAGAACAAAAAAAGAUACAGAAUAUUCCGGAAUCGCCUGAUACCACAUCUACCGUUGUAUCUGCAGUUUCUUCUCCUCAUAAUUAUGAUUUAUUAUCGGGAUCAACUUCUAGAAAAUCUUCCACGACGAAUAUUCAACUUCCUAAAAAAAGGCCAUUAGAACCAACCUGGUCUGAAGAAGAACAAUAA